CCUUCGGAUUGACUAAUGCACCCGAUAUAUUUCAAGAAACUCUUCAAACUGUUGUACUAAAAGGAUGCAAGGGUUGUCGGAACUACCUGGAUGACAUUUUCGUAUUCGGCAAAACAAAACGUGAACAUGAUGAGAAUCUCAAGGUGGCAUCAAAACUAUUCAAGUAAAAACCGUAUUGUUAGUUGUUAUUUUAUUUUGUUUUUCUUCAGAAUGUUCUUCGCUGUCUCAAUGAACAUGGAGUCAGGAUAAAUGAAGCUAAAUGUGCGUUCGGCAAACAAACGGUAAAAUUUUUGGGAUUCUCGGUAUCCGAUGACGGUUUAAGAGCUGAUAAGGAAAAAUUAGACGCAAUCGAAAAUUUCCGUCAACCUGAGAACCAGUCUGAAGUCAAAAGCUUUCUCGGUUUGAUGAAUUUUAUGGAGAGAUUCGUCUUAAUGCGAGCAGAUUGUACGGAGCAUUUAAGGAAUCUAGCAAAAGCUGACAGGUUCUAUUGGGGACAAAAUGAAGAGGAAGAAUUUGUCUAUCUAAAAACACAAGCAUUGAAAUCGAUAAAGAGACUUGGAUACUUUCGCAACGAGGAUAGAACUGAAUUAUUUGUGGAUGCUUCUCCUAUUGGAUUGGGGGCGGUAUUAGUCCAAUAUGAUACACACGGCGUUCCAAGGGUAAUUUCCUGUGCUUCAAAAGCUUUAACAGAUUCGGAGAAGAAAUACCCACAAACACAAAAAGAAUCUCUGGCGAUGGUGUGGGCAGUUGAGAGAUUUUCUUUUUAUCUUAUGAGCAAAUUCUUCACAAUCAAAACAGAUUCGGAAGCAAAUGAAUUCAUUUUUGGAAAAGGAAAUAAGAUCGGAAAACGUGCAGUAUCGCGUGCUGAAGCAUGGGCUUUGAGACUCCAAGCUUAUGACUUCGAUGUUAAACAUGUUCCUGGAGAUUCUAACGUAGCAGACGCGUUAUCUCGACUAAUUCAAAGCUCUCAGCGCGACGAACCGUUCGACGAAGAUAACGACAAGCACAUUUUGUUCGCGUUAGAAGCAGGAUCUAUGGAGAUUACAUGGAAAGACAUAGACAAGUUUUCGGAGGAAGAUCGCGAGCUGUCUGCCAUUGGUUUAGCAUUAAGGAGCAAUCAUUGGCCAGAUAAUUUGAAGAAAUUCGAAGCCCAUUCCAAGGAGCUCCGAGCACUAGGUCCCAAAAUUUUUAGAGAGGACAAAAUUGUUUUGCCAAACUUAUUGCGUAAGAAGGCGCUGCAAACUUCCCAUCAAGGUCAUAUUGGGAUAGCAGCAAUGAAACGCAUAAUGCGCGAAUUCUUUUGGUGGCCGGGUAUGAGCAAGGAUGUCGAAAAAUUUGUCAAAAGUUGUGAAACAUGUCUCGUCAUUUCAAGAAAAAACCCUCCAAUUCCAUUAGUUAGCCGGCAACUACCUGACGGCCCUUGGGAAAUCUUACAAGUGGAUUUCUUGUCUAUUCCUCAUUGUGGGUCUGGAGAAUUUUUGGUAUUAGUAGAUACCUAUUCAAGAUAUUUGUCAGUUGCGGAAAUGAAAUCGACGGAUGCUGCUAGUACUAACCAAGCUUUGUAUAAAAUAUUUUUCACAUGGGGACUUCCCUUGGUUCUCCAGAGUGAUAACGGCCCUCCGUUCCAGAGCAAGCAGUUUAUUGAAUACUGGCAAAACAAAGGAGUUUUGGUAAGAAAAUCGAUUCCUCUUUGUCCCCAGUCCAACGGUGCAGUUGAACGUCAAAACCAAGGUUUGAUUAAAGCAGUAGCUGCCGCAAGACAUGAGAAUGGAAACUGUAAGAAUGCGCUUCAAAAUUAUGUUCACAUUCACAAUACCAUGAAACAGCACUCGAGAUUAGGAAUAACGCCCUUCGAGCUCCUUGUUGGGUGGAAACAUAGAGGUUUUUUUCCUGCUCUGUGGGAAGCUAAAUCAGGAAGCUCGGACAGGGAAGAGAUCAGAGAUAAAGAUGCCGUUGCGAAGCUAAUCAGUAAACAAUAUGCCGAUAAGCAUAGAGGAGCCAAGGAUUCAGAAAUAAAAGUUGGGGACAGAGUUGUUGUGGCGGUUCAAAAGAAAAUCAAAACGGAUCCAUCGUUUUCUGAUGAGAGAUACACAGUUUUAUCCAGAGAAGGAGGAAAACUCAUCGUUCGUUCCGAACAUGGAGUUCAAUACGCGAGGAAAAUUCAAGACGUGAAGUUAGUACCAGACGAAAUCGAAGAAGAGAAAGCAGAGGAAUCAAGACUGACUGAUAAUUCAAAGGAAGCAGGUUAUGAUGAAGAAAUGGAUGAAAAUUACACCGGUCAGAGUACGAGGUUGGAGAAUAACGGUUUUGGCUGCUUACCGGCGAGUGAGAAAAGUCGCGAGGCAAAUUACGAAGCAAUAGGAGCCAAGGAGGAUCAGUCCAAGGAUCAUGAUGAUGAAGAACGGCAACAAGUGAGGAUGGAGAGACCCAGGAGAAAUAUUAUCAAGCCAAAUAAAUUUAAAGAAAUGAUAAUGUAUAGAAUUUACGAAUAGAGAGUAGGCAAAUAGGCGAAUGUAGAGAAUAGGAUUAAUAGAUUAAAAAAAACAACUAGUUCAUGCAUGGAGUCAAUUUAGUUAUCGUAGUAGCCAAUAAAUUAAAAAUCAUAGGAGACCUGCGUAGGAAAAAUUUAUAAUAAAAUUAGUCUUAACAGUGAAUUUGGAGAGACAAGUCGAAAAAAAAAACCUCUCAUUAAUUACCAGAUCUACAAGAAAAUCCCUUUGCCUCGUGUGGUUCCCAUUAUCUGCCCGUUUGUCGUCAAAAUCAUCGUUCAAGUGUCCGGUCCUCGUCCCGAUUCAUCUGGUGGUGGAGCAAAUCCUGUCCCUGUUCGUCAAGGUUGCGACCCUGCCAGGUAUUGUUCCUGUCGAUCAAGUCUGCUGUCCUGUCCGGUAUUCGUCCCUUUCCGUCCAACGAUCAACCAUCUCGUGUCGUCGAUCAAGCCCGCUGUCCUGCCAGGUCGCCUAUCUAUCCGGCGGUCAUCUGCCGGAAACCAAGCCUGUCCAGUAGAUCCGGCCUCAGAUCCUGCCAAUCCGGCAGUUACUUGUCCGACGUUCGGUGAGUCCGCUGA